CCCUUCUUCCCCAACGAUCCUACUUCUUCUCUCCGCUCCCGUCGCCAUUAUAACCAACCACACCCCAUCAUCCACACACUCUCACUCCGUGCAAUUCAGCCAUCAGCAAUGCCUCCUCCCCUUCGCCUCCUCAUCGUCCUCUUCCUCUUCCACCUCCCCUUCUCCCUCUCUUCCCACCACAGCCACCGCGCCCCGCCGCCGUCCGGGAGCCAAACUCCCCCCGCAGCCUCCUACGCGGCGCCGCUCCCGGUCCUCCUCGCCUGCAACGCCACCCGCUUCCGGCCCGCCUGCGUCUCCACGCUCUCCGCCGCCAACGCGACCUCCGAGUCCUCCGCCUCCGACCUCCUCGCCGCCACGCUCUCGGCGCUCCGCGCCCGCAUCCCGCCCGCCGUCUCCACCGCGCGCUCCGUCCUCGCCUCCUCCUCCAACGUCAACCUCUCCGGCGCCGCCACCAACUGCCUCACCCUCCUCGCCCUCGCCUCCCACCGCCUCUCGCCGCCGCCGUCCCCGUCGGCGCUCCACCCCGCCUCCGCCGCGCUCCUCCACCUCUACGACUGCUGGUCCGCCUACAAGUACGUCAAUUUCACCAGGACCAUCUCCGACGCCAUGGCGUACCUCAACGACACAAUCACCAUCAGCAGCAACUACAUCUCCAUGCUCACCGCCCUGCAGCGCUACGGCGACGACACGUCCCGCUGGGCGCCGCCGCAGACGGAGCGCGACGGGUACUGGCCGCCGCCCGCGGCCGAUGGGGCCGACGUGGACGCGCUCGGCGUGCCCAAGGGCCUCCCCGCGAACGCCACGGUGUGCGGCUCCGGGUGCGAUUACCGGACGGUGCGGGAGGCGGUGGCCGCGGCGCCGGACGGCGGGGCCGAGCGGUUCGUGGUGCACGUGAAGGAGGGCGUGUACAAGGAGACGGUGAGCGUGGCGUGGGAGAAGGCUAACCUGGUGCUCGUUGGCGAUGGCAUGGGGAAGACGGUCAUCACCGGCGACCUCAACGCCGACACGCCCGGCAUCUCCACCUUCAACACGGCCACCGUAGGCGUGCUUGCCGAUGGUUUCAUGGCACGGGACCUGACGAUCGCGAACACGGCGGGGCCGGACGCGCACCAGGCGGUGGCAUUCCGCUCGACGGGCGACCGCACGGUGCUGGACACCGUGGAGCUGCUGGGCCACCAGGACACCCUUUACGUGCACGCGAUGCGGCAGUUCUACACCCGGUGCCGCGUCUCCGGCACCGUGGACUUCAUCUUCGGCAACUCCGCCACCGUGCUCCACGACAGCGCCAUCAUCGUCCUGCCGCGGCAGCUGCACCCGGAGAAGGGCGAGAACAACGCGCUCACGGCGCAGGGCCGCACCGACCCGGCGCAGCCGACGGGGAUCGUGCUCCGUGGGUGCGUCGUCAACGGCAGCGAGGAGUACAUGGCGAUGUACCGGCAGAAGCCCGACAAGCACCGCGUGUACCUGGGACGGCCAUGGAAGGAGUACUCGAGGACGGUGUUCGUCGGGUGCACGCUGGCGGAGAUCGUGCAGCCGCAGGGGUGGAUGCCGUGGAGCGGCGACUUCGCGCUCAAGACGCUCUACUACGGCGAGUAUGACAGCGCCGGGCCUGGAGGCGGCGAUCGGAGCGGCAGCAGGGUGGCGUGGAGUAGCCAGGUGCCUAAGGAGCACGUCGACGUCUACAGCAUCGCCAGCUUCAUACAGGGACACCAGUGGAUACCAAAAGUGUAGUUUGUAGGCUUCGUGGUAGUAGCAUAAUCGAGAGUCCGCAUGAGUUAGUGGGUUAAUCGGCUGAGGUGCUGCCUUGACGUAGAGGGGCUGCAGUUGUGCAAAUGCAAUGGUGCCUAACUCAAAUGAGAAAAUGGAGACUCAUCUUGAUAA